GAUAACAUAUUAUGCUUGAUGAAUAUGAAAGUUGAUAAAUAGUAGAAUUAUGUACGAUAAACACUUUGAUGAAAUUAUACAGUUUAUCCAUGCCUACGAGGAAUUAAUAAACUGUCAUAUAGUUGAUUUUAUUACUGAAAAUUUAUGGGUGACAUGUUUGCCAGAAGUUUUAAGAACAGAACUGGAGGAAAAUGAGCUAAAUUGUGUUUAUUGGACAGAAAGUGACAGCCAUCCUACGUUAAAUAAUUUGAUAAAUCUGGUAAAAUCUUUAUCUCUGCAAUCGUGUUCUAUAGAAAUAAACUCUAAGGAUUUUGCAAAUACAUUAGCAAGUGUUGGUGACUGGAGCAAAUGCACAUGUAAAAGUAUCAAAAGAGAAUUUAUGAAUUCAAAGAAAUUACACGAAGUUGAAUCUCUUGGAAACAUUAUUGGAAGAAUUGCUGCAACAAGAAAUAAUUUAGUAAUAGAUGCUGGUGCUGGGAAGGCAUAUCUAUCAACGUUUUUAGCAGAAAAUCAUAAGGUUCCUGUUCUCGCGAUAGAUUCUUCGCAAACAUGUAGCAAUGGAGCAAUUUGUAAGCAGAAAAAAUUCCAGAAGAGAAUGAGACAUACUCAGAGUUUGGUAUGUUAUGUAGUUGAGGAAAUAAAGGACAGUACCGAUUACGUGAGCAUGAUAAAAGAAAAUUUUUGCGAUUGGAAUAUAGAUAAAAAUGUUCUAUUAACCGGGUUACAUACUUGUGGUUCUCUUACUCAUUCUGUUAUUAGAGCAUUCUUAGCUACAAAAGAUAUUAAUAUUUUGUGUAUCGUGCCGUGUUGUUAUCAUUUGACAAACGAAACGUUUAAUAAACAAGUCAGUUUUUCUAAAAAUGCUAGAAUGUUAGCUCAGCAAUCUGUAGAAAGAAGUAGAAGAAAUAAAUUUGUAUCCUCGUCGUUAUUCUACAGGGCAAUUUUACAAGUGGUGUUACACUCUUUGGGUAUUUACAAUGCUAGAGUAGGUCGCGGAGGACCUUUACACGAUUUUCCAAGUUACGCCGAAUGGGCAUUUUCAAGAAUUGGGAUAGAAUUGGAAAAGAUACCAUCACGGGAAAAGUUGUCGAACACGUUCCAAUUUUAUGCGCAUCUAAAGGAAAAAUUUUAUAUAUUUCAAAUGGUGAGAGUACAAGUGGGUCUUGUACUAGAAGCAGCUAUUAUGUUGGAUAGAAUACUAUUUUUGCAAAGGAGUAAUCAGUGUUCGAAACUUGCGAUAUUGCGUUUAUUCGAUCCUAUGUUAUCUCCAAGGCGUUACGGUAUUAUCGCAGUAAAAUAAUAGAGGAGAACAUUUCGACGAACGAAGCUAACGAGUUGAUAGAAAAAAAAAAAUGCAUUUAUUACGUUG